AUGUCGAAGCACCGUAAAGACAGAGACAGCUGGGGUGAGUGGUCCCUCAGCGACAAACCCGUCUACGACUGGAGCUCGGAGGAGGAGGAGCCGGACGGACGAGCCCGGCCCGUCCAGGUGCUGCUGGUCAAAGACGACCACACCUUCGAGCUGGACGAGGCGGCGCUGAGUCGCAUCCUGCUGGCGGAGGAGGUCCGAGACCGUGACGUGGUGGCCAUCUCUGUGGCCGGGGCGUUCCGCAAGGGCAAGUCCUUCCUCAUGGACUUCAUGCUGCGCUACAUGUACAACCACGCCUCGGACACUUGGCUCGGCGAUGCAGACGAGCCGCUGACCGGCUUCUCCUGGCGGGGGGGCUCGGAGAGGGAGACCACGGGGAUCCAGAUCUGGAGCGAGGUCUUCCUGGUGGACAAGCCAGACGGAGGAAAGGUGGCCGUGCUGCUGAUGGACACCCAGGGGACGUUCGACAGCCAGUCGACGCUGAGGGAUUCAGCCACCGUGUUCGCCCUGAGCACCAUGAUAAGCUCCAUGCAGGUUUACAACAUCUCACAGAAUGUACAGGAGGACGACCUCCAGCACUUGCAGCUCUUCACUGAGUACGGCAGAUUAGCAAUGGAGGAGACUUUCCUCAAACCUUUCCAGUCCAUGAUUUUCCUCGUUCGAGACUGGAGUUUCCCGUACGAGUUUCCCUACGGACAGGAAGGAGGCAUGCAGUUCCUCGAGAAGAGGCUGAAGAUCUCUGAGAACCAGCAUGAAGAGCUGCAGAACGUUCGUAAACACAUCCACUCCUGCUUCACCAACAUCUCCUGCUUCCUGAUGCCCCACCCGGGCCUCAAGGUGGCCACCAACCCUCACUUUGAUGGAAGAAUUCAAGAAAUCGAUGGCGAGUUCAUCAACAACCUGAAGGUGCUGGUCCCCUGGCUCCUCAGUCCUAGUAACAUCGACGUGAAGGAGAUCAACGGCAGCAAAAUCACGUGCAGAGGCCUGGUGGAGUAUUUCAAGGCCUACAUCAAAAUUUACCAAGGCGAGGAGCUGCCUCAUCCAAAAUCCAUGCUGCAGGCCACAGCAGAGGCGAACAAUUUGGCAGCCGUCGCAGCCGCAAAGGAUCUGUACAACAAGAAGAUGGAGGGGGUGUGUGGCGGCGAUCGGCCCUUCCUGGCCCCCAGCGAGCUGCAGGCCCGACACGGCGUCAUCCGGGAGGAGGCCCUGCAGGUGUUCCGGGGCGUGAAGAAGAUGGGAGGCGAGGAGUUCAGCCGCCGCUACCUGCAGCAGCUGGAGGGGGAGAUCGACGAGGUCUUCGUCCAGUACAUCAAGCACAAUGACUCCAAGAACAUUUUCCACGCCGCCCGCACGCCCGCCACCCUGUUCGUGGUCAUCUUUGUCAUGUACGUGGCCGCGGGCAUCACGGGCUUUGUGGGCGUGGACGUCAUCGCCAGCUUGUGCAACAUGAUCCUGGGCCUGGCGCUGAUCACCCUCUGCACCUGGGCCUACAUCCGCUACUCCGGGGAGUACCGAGAACUGGGAGCCGUCAUCGACCAGGUGGCUGGUGCACUGUGGGACCAGGGGAGCACAAAUGAGGCCCUCUACAAGCUCUAUAAUGUGGCGGCCAAUCACAGGCACCUGUACCACCACGCCUUCCCGGGGCCUCAGGUGGAUGAGGACGAGCAGGAAAGGAAGAGGGACUGAUUAAAGACACAGCAGGGACUUCCUGGUGAUGGACAGGGGACGAGGAGGAAGAGGAGGAGGAGGAGGAGGAGGAAGAGGAACAUCCUCACCCAUCAGGCACUCUUUUAUUCUGGUAUUGGGGCUGUCACCAGUACACUCACUUCUUUAAACCCUAAUAACGGACUGUAUAAUGUUCACGUAUAGGCGACGUCAGAGCACCUCUGCAGUGGCUCUCCAUCGAGGGGUGACAUGAAUCAUUGUGUCUCACUUUUGUGUGUCUGUGAAAACACGCUGUACAGAUCUGUCCGAGGAGAGAAUGUGCAUCACCCGACCUCCAGUCAGCUGUUCAUUUCAUAUCGGACCAGUUCUUCUCUUUCAUCCUCGUUUGUGACGGUCGUUCUGUUCUUUGAAGUUUAGUGCCGUCUAUAAGAUAAGUAUCUAUGAAAGCCAAACU